AACCCCACCGCCAUCGUAAUCCCAUACGUUAGUUGAAUCAGCAAAGCAUGAAAAGUCAACGGUCUUUGUCUGAACCCAACCCUUAUCCCCUGCACCUAUCCUACAUAAAUUAAACCCACACCCUCACUUCUCCUUUUCCAAAUUCACACUCACACCAACACCAACACCAACACCAAUAUGAAAUUAACCUGGUCACCUGAGAGAGCAUCCAGAGCAUACAUCCAUACAGUCCAAUCUUGUCGGGUUUUAAGCGAAUCAGGAGUGGCGGAGUUCAUUUCCGCCAUGGCAGCGGGGUGGAACGCGCAGCUCAUAGUGGAGACGUGGUCGCAGGGAGGACCUAUUGCCACCAGCAUCGGGCUAGCCGUGGCGCGCUCGCACACGUGCGGAAGGCACGUGUGCGUGGUUCCCGACGAGCGCGCGAGGUCGGAGUACGCGGAGAGAAUGGGCGAGGCAGGGGUCGAGGCGGAGAUCGUGGUCGGAGAGGCGGAGGAGGCUAUUCAGGGUUUGGUCGGCGUGGACUUCUUGGUUGUGGAUUCCCGGAGGAAGGACUUUCCACGCGUGCUGAGGCUGGCGAAGCUGAGUAACAAAGGCGCUGUGUUGCUCUGCAAGAACGCGAAUUCAACUUCCAAGGGUUUCAUCUGGCGGAGCUUGGUGGCGCAGGGUUCUUCUCGUCGCGUGGUUCGUUCGGCGUUUCUUCCCGUGGGGAAGGGACUCGACAUGGCACACGUGUCUGCUUGCGGAAGUAAUAGCACGGGACGUCGAUGGAUUAAGCAUGUUGAUCAACAAUCAGGGGACGUGCAUUUCAUUCGGAGAUGAACAGUGUAUUUGUGUUAUGUUCAAUUCCUCUCUUAUGUAAAUAGAGUUGUGCAUGUAUGGAUAUAAAGUAAAGGACUCGUGUUUAAACAUCUUAGACGGUGAGAGAGAAGGAGCUAAAACUAGUAGUUACUUUUAUCUGGCUUCUUUUUUUUCUUGUAAAAUGAUGAACUUCCGUCUAUCAGAAAUCAUUGCAUUUAUUUGUUUAUUCAUUUAGAAAAUGAUAAACAUUCCUUGUUCCUUUUUCUGUUUUAUCCCUUAUUUGGGAUAGCCUUUGGUGAGUUUUUGUUUUCCCUGCUGUCGUGUUAGAAACAGUCAUGAAUUUAGUUGAAAAGUUUAUCAGA